AUGGGUUUGUCCCAUUGGGUUUUAUGGUGCUUUUCCGAAAUUAGCAGUGAUAGUCAUGGUCGUUGUACAACAGCAGUCCAACAACAGCAUUUAAAGUGGAAGAUUCGUUAUUUGACAUUCACAGGUAUCGUUUUCCGAUUCGAAGUAGGCCUUCUCUUGAUCAUCUUGCUCGGCUUUGAAUUAUUGGCCCAGCGCUUUGAUGCAUGGAAUUGCUUGAAACUAAUUGUAAAGGAAAUGAUGAUCAGCGCUUUGUUCAGUCUCGCCCUCACAGUACCCAUUGACUCCUUCUUUUGGCAAAAAUGGCCCUACUGGCCUGAAGGCGUCGUUUUCUACUUUAAUGCCAUCCAGAACAAAAGUUCAGAAUGGGGUACAUUACCUUUUUAUGCUUAUUUCUUGUCAUUUUUGCCUCGAUUGUUACUUGUUGCUUACCCAUUGGCCAUCUGGGGUUUUAUCGCCGACAAGCGUCUCCGUCGUCUUUUGAUGCCCAUGAUCACCUACGUAGCAGUCUUCUCGCUUUUGCCACAUAAGGAAUGGCGGUUUAUCUUUUAUACCAUUCCGGUCUUUACGGCCGCUGCAGCGAAUAUGAUUCAUAACGUGCUCAUUCACUGUCAAGGCAAGGAGAAGGUAGCAUCAAUAUAUUACCGCCUUCUACUUUUCAUAAUUAUAGGAGGUGUUGUUGCCUCUGGACUUGUGGCUCAGUUUAUGUUUCAAAUUUCACGAUUGAAUUACCCUGGCGGAGAAGCCUUACGAAAACUUCAUCAGCUUGAGGAACUACGAGGACGAGGUCAUGUAUCCAUAUAUUUCGAUGCCGAUACCGCCAUGACAGGGGCAUCUCUUUAUGGUCAAGCUAACCCUUAUUGGCAAUAUUCCAAGAAUGAAUCGCAUCAAACACAACAAGACUAUUUGGACGCACGAUAUACGCAUUUCAUCACGGCACACCCUGAACAGUUUGAGACGAAAUCUUCGUUCGAGAUAAUCGAUGUCACUUAUGGAUUAGAUAAAGUAGCCUUAAAGUCGUUUGAAGACUGGAAGCAAUCAGCUAUGGAAAAAUGGAAUGUGUGGCCAAUAGAGUAUGAAAUGACACCCAAGUUAUUUACCCUAAGACUGAAAGAGCCUCAGAAAAAUUGGAUUUUAUCUACUGUCCAAAAAUACCCUAUUGUACUUUACAGUAAAUCGUAUUGUCCGUUCUGCCUAGCAACCAAGCAAUUGCUCUCUAAAUAUUGUGAUCUGAAAGAGCAAGUUCAUAUUAUCGAAGUAGAUUAUCAAGCGGAUCAACACCAAAUCAAAAUGGCGUUAGGUGACCUCACAGGUCGCUUUACAUUUCCCAACCUAUUCAUGAAUGGCCAAAGCCUUGGAGGCUUUGAUAAUUUGUCAGUCAUGGAUAAAGAAGGAAAAUUAAAGGAUUUUUGUGCUUAG